CAACGGUCACGAGACUCACAAAUUCACUGCCUCAAUUUGAAUUAAAGGCGAACAAAAACCCCGCCCCACCUCAUCUCAAUGCCCAUCCCCAUUGUCCUGCACUUAACGAACUCACAAAAACAAGAACAAACAAGAGAGACCUCCAAAUCGUACUCGGAGAAAUCGCGAAGAGAAGAAGAACAGAGGUGGUGAAAGGAACAGCGAUCAAGAACAUGGUUUCCAAUAUAGGCAUGACGGACUCUGCUUACUUCGUGGGUAGAUCGGAGAUUCUUUCGUGGAUCAACUCCACCCUCCAUCUCACCCUCUCGAAAGUCGAGGAGGCGGCAUCUGGUGCGAUUCAGUGUCAACUCGUGGACGCCGUACAUCCAGGCAUUGUACCGAUGCACAAGGUUAAUUUUGACGCCAAGAACGAGUACGAGAUGAUCCAGAAUUACAAGGUCCUUCAGGAUGCCUUCAAUAAACUCAAGAUCAACAAGCGCAUUGAGGUGAGCAAGCUUGUGAAAGGAAGGCCGCUUGACAACCUGGAGUUUAUGCAGUGGAUGAAGAAAUACUGUGAUUCUGUUAAUGGUGGUGGUCUUUUAAACAGUUACAAUGCAUCAGAGAGGAGAGAGGUAUGCAAAGGAGGGAAAGAAGUCAGCAAGAGAACAGCACCUGUGCAAACUUCUGCGAAGUCCUGUAAUCCGGGCCUUAAAACACAGUCAUGUCGUAACAAACGAAGAAAUGAAGGUGCUACUGCAAACACUGCAAAUCAACCCCCUAGGACUGCUAAACCCCCUUGUAGUUCAGUGAUUGCUUAUGAUGAACAGAUCACGGAGUUGAAAUUGUCAGUGGACGGCCUUGAGAAAGAAAGGGACUUCUAUUUUUCAAAGCUGAGGGAUAUUGAGAUGAUGUGCCAGCAUUCUGAGAUUGAACACACCCCUAUUGUCCAGGCAAUACAAAGGAUAUUGUAUGCUGUAGAUGACGAUGCCUCUCUAGUGGCUGAUGCUGAAGUUCUGAUAGCACCACAGGUGGCACAGCAAGGGCCUUUGAGCCCAAUUGCUGAGAUGAUGGAAGAGCAGUCAAGUUUGGAAACUCAGAAAAGAAAAAAUAUCCCAUCACCUGAAGUUGAUGCUGCAGCCAAUACAAUGUUGUCUCCAAGGCAGCGGUUGUCUAAUUCCUCAGACGUUCAUUUUGGUGGAUCACCGCUGAUGACAUGCUGAUGACUAGCAUUUGCUGAGCAGGAAGAUACUAGAUUGAUCAGGAGUGAAAAAUAGCAGCUGAUUUCUUCCAUGCAAGGAACUUCCCUCACAGAUGGCUGUCCUGGUAUGAUUUAUUGUUGCCUAAUCUUGUAGCACUGGCAGCUGAUUUCUUCCAUGUACAAUUGUUAUACAUGUUACUCAUGGUUGGGCAGUUUUUUUUUUUGAAACAGUUGUUGAUAGUGGAAUGAUACUUAGGGUUGAGACUGUAAAUGCUAGGGUCCUACAGAUGGAGUCCCUCGUGUAGCCACCCAUUUUGCACCCAAUUACUUUUAAAAGGCUUGUGAUAUCAUAUGCUUUGGGCAUUGCAGGUUGUAAAUUAUAAUGACUGGAGAUUGAAAAAUGCUUAGACUUAUGGUUUUUGCUAUGUUAGCUUUGAAAAAAAUGAUCAAGAACUAUAUAAAUCGAUUCAUUUGUUCA